AUGGUUUCCACAAGAAGCAGAACAGCAGACGUCCCCCCCGUGGUUCCAACUGCUGAAGUUGGGGACCCCGGACCAGCAUCGGAGAUUUCCCGCAUCCUGGAAGCCCAAGCCAGGAUGCAGCAAGAAUUUGCAGAAUACAAGAAAAGAAACGCGGAUGAGAUGGAAGCGUUGAGAGAAGAAAACUCUCGCCUCAGGCAGAAAAUAGAAGCAGACCGAGCAACCGAGGAACCUGGCCAACCUCGGUCGAGGGGAGAAUUUCCCCCAAACUCAAGAGUAGCCCCCCACCCCCAGUCAAGAGUAGACAUCCCUCCAACUGAAGAUGAAAGCGAAUACAGACCCACCGGACCAACAACAGGCGGUAACUAUAGCUCAUUCGCCUCAAAGAGAAAUCGCCGCCACCCCUUCAUAGAUGGGAUCACAGAGACCCCCCUACCAAAUAAGUGGAAGGCACCCACCGUGACAUACGACGGCACAACGGACCCAGACGAAUUCAUAUCCAUCUACACCAAUCAGGUAGGCUUAUAUUCUGCGGACGAUGCCGUCCUGUGUAAGUCAUUUUCGGUAGCACUCAGGGGGUCAGCUCUGGAGUGGUUCAUGAGCCUUCCUCCCUACACCAUUGAUUCCUUCACCACGCUUACCACCACCUUCACCACUCAGUUUGACACAAGCCGCCGCCACGACCUCACUACAAUUGCCCUCCUCAAUCUUAGGCAGGAAGAGGGGGAGCCUCUCCGAGUUUUUAUUGACAGAUUCGGCGCCAUCGCCAUGAAAAUCAAAGACCUAACCCCCAACCUCAUAUUAAUGUACAUGAUGACCUCUCUCCAACCAGGACCCUUCGCUAAUGAGUUAGCAAUGCGCCCCCCCUUAAGCAUGCAGGAACUGAGGAAACGAGCGGCCAUGUUUAUUAGAGUUGAAGACAUGAGACGAUACCAGAAUAAUGCUCAGACUCCCCUAGCCCAAACAGACAUCAGAAAGCCUGUCAAAGAGCCCCCCCCGCGCGAACGAAACCGUCCUACGGAGCGAAGACCUGCCAAGUUCUCCAACUACGCCCCCUUGAAUGCACCCCGAUCUCGCAUACUAGACGAAGUCCUGCAAGCCGAACUCAUCCCCCCACCCAGAAAGUACCAAAACCCACCUAACGCGGACCUAAGUAAAUACUGCCAUUACCAUCGUAACAACGGCCAUACAACUGAUGAAUGUGACACCUUGAGGGACAAGAUAGAAGAACUUGUGCGGGCCGGACACCUCAAGCAUUAUAUAAGGGAAACAGGAGAAGGCACACCCAGAUCCAGGCACGGGAGGAACCAUAAUAGACGAAUCGAACAGCGACCAGACCGGGGGACUGAACGCAGGGAACCAAGAAGGGAACCUGCAAGAACGCAACACACAGAACAAAGAACAACAACACAACCGCCACCUAGAAGACCUGACGAUAGACCACCCCUGCGUGGGACGAUCAACACCAUAUCUGGAGGGUUCGCCGGAGGGGGAAGGUCAUCCUCUUCCAGAAAAAAACACCUAAGGGCUGUCCAGUCAGUGCAUGCUGUAUCCGGCAGGACGAUAAGAAGAAUGCCGCCCAUCACGUUUUCAGACGCAGAUUUUCAAGCCACCGAUCCCAAUCAAGACGACCCUAUGGUCAUAACCAUAGAGGUAGAAAGCUUUGCAGUCAAGAAAGUACUCAUCGACCAAGGAAGCUCCGUAGAUAUCUUAUAUUGGAAAACUUUCAGCAAGCUGCAGAUACCCCCAGCCGACCUCACCCCCCAUGAUGAACCCAUAUACGGAUUUUCAGGCGAAAGGGUCCCAACCAAGGGAUACAUCGACCUCCACACCACCUUUGGAGAAGGAAGACAAACAAAGACCAUACCCAUCCGCUACCUAGUCGUGGAGGCUCAUACAUCCUACAACGUACUUUUGGGGAGACCAUCCAUCAAUGCCUUGGGAGCCAUCGUGUCCACCCCACACCUCGCCAUGAAAUUCCCAUCCCCGCAAGGCGAUAUAAUCACGAUACACGUCGACCAGCGCGCCGCAAGGGAAUGUUAUAUGGCAAGCCUGAAACUCCCCCACCCACCCUUGGCAACCCACAACAUCGAGCAUUCCAAAACAGGAGCAACCUUAGCAGGAGACGACCUAGAUCCCAGAAUGACCUCCGAGGCCAGAGUCGAGCCUGUCGGGGGUAUACGACAACUCCCCCUAGAGCAGCAAAACCAAUUCCUCCAAAUAGGCACCACCAUCCCUGAAAAUGAAGUACAUCACAUCGAACACAUCCUCAAAAAGAACGCCGACCUCUUCGCUUGGUCCGCAGCAGAUCUACCUGGCGUACACCCCAAGGUGGCCUCCCAUCGGUUGUCUGUCUUCCCUAACGCCAAACCUGUCUCCCAGAAAAAGAGGAAACUCGGCGAAGGCAGGAGGCAAGCAGCAAUCGAAGAAGCUAAAAAACUAAAGCAAGCUGGCUUCGUCGGCGAAGCGCAGUACACAACCUGGCUAGCAAAUGUGGUGCUCGUGAAGAAACCCAACGGUAAGUGGCGCAUGUGCGUCGACUACACAGACCUCAACAAAGCAUGCCCGCGAGACGCCUACCCACUCCCCAGCAUUGACAGACUCGUCGAUGGAGCCGCAGGGCACGCGGUACUUAGUUUCCUUGAUGCCUAUUCCGGCUACAAUCAGAUACCCAUGGCUGAGGAAGACAAGCUUAAAACCGCUUUCAUCACUGAAGAGGCCAACCUUUUCUAUAAGGUUAUGCCCUUUGGCCUGAAAAACGCCGGGGCGACAUACCAGCGCCUUAUGGAUAGAGUCUUCCAGCCAUUCCUCGGAAGAACGGUGGAGGUCUACGUUGACGAUAUCAUCGUAAAAUCCCCCAACCCCAAGCAGCACUCCGCAGAUUUGGCCGAAGUCUUCAAAGCCCUGCGCACAUAUAACAUCAGACUCAACCCCGAGAAAUGCACCUUCGGAGUCGACGGUGGCAAAUUCCUCGGGUUCAUGCUCACCCAGCGAGGGAUCGAGGCAAACCCUGAAAAAUGUCAAGCAAUAAUCGACAUGCGAAGUCCCACAAAUAUCAAGGAGGUGCAACGCCUGGUAGGCAGGUUAACCGCCAUGUCAAGAUUCCUCCCCAAGUUGGCCGAUCAAACCAAACCAAUGAUCAAGUUGCUAAAAAAGUCCGCCCGGUUCGUUUGGGAUGAAACCUGCGAACGUAACUUCACCACUUUGAAACAGCUGCUCACCACACCCCCAGUUCUCACCAAACCAGACCUCAACCUACCCCUCAUAAUGUAUAUAGCAACAUCCGCAAGCGCACUCAGCUCCGCCCUCGUCCAAGAGAGAGACAACACCCAACAACCCAUAUAUUUCACCAGCCGAAUCCUCCAGGACACGGAAACACGAUACCAAAUGAUAGAAAAGGUUGCCCUUGCGUUGGUAACUGCCGCACGACGACUACGCCCGUACUUCCAAUCCCACACAGUAAUCGUCAGAACCGACCACCCUGUGCAGAAAAUCCUUCAGAAGCCGGAUCUGGCAGGACGACUAUCGUCGUGGGCCAUCGAAUUAUCAGAAUUCAACAUCCAAUAUGAGCCACACAGACCCAUAAAAGCACAAUGCUUGGCAGACUUCACCAAUGACCUUCAGAACCAACCACCCACCCCGGACCUUUGGUGGACCAUGCAUGUAGAUGGUUCCUCAAACCCCCAAGGUGCCGGCGCCGGAAUAGUAUUGGAAGGCCCCGGCGACAUCGUCAUUGAACAAUCCCUGCGCUUCAAUUUCAAAACCUCGAACAAUCAGGCAGAGUACGAAGCUAUAAUAGCCGGCCUCAAUCUAGCGCGCGACGUUGGCGCCAGGAAGCUACUCUGCAAAACAGACUCCAAGCUCACAGUGGGGCACCUCAACGGCGACUAUCAAGUCAAAGACACCAUGCUCUUGCAAUACUACCACACGGUAACCGCCCUAAUUGAACACUUCGAGGCCUUCAGAAUUGAACAUGUCCCUCGAUGCAACAAUACCAGAGCCGACAUCCUCUCCAAGCUCGCUAGCACUAAGAAAAAAGGGCGAUACAAGUCACUGUUGCAGCACACCCUGAGCACCCCCUCCAUUGAACAGAGUAAUGAAUGCCUCAGCGUGACCACAGCCAGAACCUGGAUGGAGCCUUUUGUCAAGUACCUAGAAGAAGGAACGACCCCAGCAAACGAAGACAGAGGGUGGGCCCGGAAGGCGGCACGUUAUACUUUGGUCGAGGGAGAACUAUUCAGAAGGGGCUUCAGCAGACCCCUGCUCAAGUGCAUCACACGUCAACAGGCCGACUAUGUCAUGAAAGAAAUACACCAAGGAGUUUGUGGCUAUCACUCAGGCCCCAAAACCAUGGCAACCAGGAUAUUACGAGCCGGUUACUACUGGCCAACAAUGGAGGGAGACUGCAACACAUACACUAAGAAAUGCGUCCAAUGUCAAAAGCACGGCCCCAUAACGCGCAUACCCCAGGAAGAGCUCCACCAGAUCUCCUCACCAUGGCCAUUCUCCAAAUGGGGAAUGGACAUAGUCGGACCCUUCGCACCAGGUAAAGGCCAAGUGAAGUUCCUACUCGUCGCAGUUGAUUAUUUCUCCAAGUGGAUCGAAGCCAAACCCCUCGCCACUAUAACCGCCAACCAAGUACAACGCUUCGUCUGGAAGAACAUCGUCUGCCGCUACGGUAUCCCUCACACCAUCGUAACUGACAACGGUCGCCAGUUCAUUGACAAAAGCCUCGGCGAGUUCUACCGUAACUUGAAAAUCACGCACAUCACUAGUUCCGUCGAGCACCCCCAAACCAAUGGCCAAGCAGAAGCUGCAAACAAGGUCAUCCUUGGCCAACUCAAAAAACGACUGGACGGAGCAAAGGGAAAGUGGCCGGACGAACUUCUCGAAGUACUUUGGGCAUACAGAUGCACGCCCCAGUCAUCAACCCACGAGGCGCCAUACACCCUCGUCUACGGGACCGACGCCAUGAUUCCCGUAGAAAUCGGCCAACCUUCCCUCCGCCAGUCACAUCACAACUCACAAUCCAACGACGAUUGCAUGAACACCCAUCUCGACCUCUUAUAUGAAACACGGGAAAAAGCACGCGUCCACGACCUUGCAGCAAAGCUCAGAGCCGCACGAAGAUACAACUCCAAGCUCAAGCCGCGCUCUCUCCAUAAGGGCGACUUAGUUUGGAGGAUGGCCAGUAAAGCACGAAAACACGAAGGAAAAUUUUCACCAAACUGGGAGGGUCCAUUCCGUGUACUAAAAGAUGUCGGCAAAGGCGCAUAUCGUCUUGGGAAGCUCUCCGGGGAGCCACUGCCCAACACUUGGAAUAUUUCUCAUUUAAAGUUUUACUUUAGUUAA